GCGGCCUUGAGCCCGCGCGUGCGCAGUGAGCGGCCGUAGCGACGCUUGGAGGCUGCGCGUGCGCCUUGAUGGGACUGGCCUCCCGCGCUUGCGUGGUGGUCCGUCCGUACGGUGGGCGCGCUUGCGCUGUGGUGUUGCGAGGCGGCCGUGGGGUUCGGCGCAGGCGCAGUAACGGCGCGGGCGGCCGAGGCGCUGGGUCGGUCGGAGUCUUUCGCUCGCUGCCUUGUCCCCCCCUUGCCAUGGACGUGAAGCGUCUGAAGGUGACUGAGCUGCGGGCUGAGCUGGGUCGCCGUGGUCUCGACUCCCGUGGGCUGAAGGUGGAGCUUGCCCAGCGGCUACAGGAGGCCCUGGACGCCGAGAUGCUGGCGGCCGGGCCCGAGGAAGGCGGCGCUGUUGGGGCCUGCUCUGGGGUGGAGCCGGGGCCUGCGGGGGGCCCGGUCGGAGCCCAUCCGCGUGGGGAAGGCGACGACGACGACGACGAGGACGAAGAGGAGGAGGAGGAAGAAGAAGAAGAGGACGAGGACGAGGAGGCGCUGUUGGCUGACGAGGAGCCUACGCCGGCCUUGGGCGGGGAGGCCCAGCCUCAGCCCGGGCCCCAGGAAGAGGCGGCCCAGGCCCCGGCGCAGUCCCAGCCCCAGCCCGAGGGGAGCGACGGGGGCGGCGUGAAUGGAGCUGAGCAGCCGCAGGAGGAGGGGCCCAGCGGGGACGAGGCGGCGGCGGCUGAGGCUGAGACCAAAGAGGGGGGCGAGGAGCCCGCGGAUGAAGAGGAUGAAGAUAAAUCAAAGCCAACAGGCUCAGAUGGAGAGCGGCGAGGGGUUAAGAGACAACGUGAAGAAAAGGAAGAACAUGGCCGUGCUUAUUAUGAAUUCCGAGAGGAGGCUUACAAUAGCCGGUCUAAGUCUCCACCACCACCAGAAGAGGAACCGAGAGAGGAAGAUGAUGAAACUGUUGUGAUCCUGGACACAUAUACAUCUGAUCUCCACUUCAAAGCAAGCAAGGACCGCUAUGGAGGACAACCUCUCUUCUCAGAGAAGUUCCCCUCCCUUUGGUCUGGGGCAAGGAGCACCCAUGGAGUGACAAAGGGGAAAGUCUGCUUUGAGGCAAAGGUGACACAGAAUCUCCCAGUGAAGGAAGGCAGUACGGAGGUCCCGCUUCUUCGAGUUGGAUGGUCUGUGGAUUUCUCUCGUUCCCAGCUAGGUGAGGAUGAGUUUUCUUAUGGCUAUGAUGGACGAGGGUUGAAGGCUGAAAAUGGGCAGUUUGAAGAGUUUGGUCAGCCCUUUGGGGAGAAUGAUGUGAUUAGUUGCUUUGCGAACUUUGAGAGUGAAGAGGUGGAGCUGUCCUUCUCCAAGAAUGGGGAGGAACUGGGAGUGGCCUUCCGGAUCAGUAAAGAAUCUCUUGCUGACAGAGCCCUCCUGCCACACGUGCUGUGCAAAAACUGUGUGGUUGAAUUGAACUUCGGUCAGAAGGAGGAGCCCUUCUUCCCAAUUCCUGAGGAAUAUGUGUUCAUCCACGCCAUCCCGGUUGAGGACCGAGUGCGCACGCCUCUUCCGCCCAAAACCACAGAGGAGUGUGAGGUACUGCUGAUGGUUGGGCUGCCAGGGUCUGGGAAGACCCAGUGGGCACAGAAGUACACCCAGGAAAAUCAAGAGAAACGGUACAACAUCUUGGGAACAGAGACUGUUCUCUACCAAAUGAGGACAAAGGGCCUUGAGGAUGAAGAGAUGGAUCCCAAGAGCCGAGACCUGUUAGUUCAGCAAGCUGCCCAGUGCCUUAGCAAGCUGGUCCAGAUUGCUCCCAGGGCAAAGAGAAACUACAUUCUUGAUCAGUGUAAUGUGUAUAACUCCGGCCAGCGACGGAAGCUGCUUGCCUUCAAGGGUUUCUCUCGCAAGGUGGUUGUGAUUGUCCCCAAUGAAGAAGACUGGAAGAAGAGGCUGGAGCUGAGGAAGGAGGUUGAGGGGGAGGAUGUGCCUGAAUCGGUGAUGCUGGAAAUGAAAGCUAACUUCUCACUUCCGGAGAAGAGUGAUUACUUAGAUGAGGUGAUGUAUGAAGAGCUGGUGAAGGAGGAGGCCCAGCCACUGGUCACCAAAUACAAGGAGGAGGCCAGAAAACUGCUCCCUCCAUCUGAGAAACGUGCAAACCGUCGCAAUAAUCGCAACAAGCGCAACCGUCAAAACCGCAACCGUGGCCAGGGAUAUGUUGGUGGACAGCGCCGAGGUUAUGACAAUCGAUCUUACGGACAGCAGCAGUACUGGGGGCAGCCUGGAAACAGAGGAGGUUACCGUAACUUCUAUGACCGGUACAGAGGGGACUAUGAUCGAUUCUACGGACGCGAGUAUGACUACAACAGAUACCGAGAUUACUACAGGCAGUACAACCGGGAGUGGCAGAACUACUACCAAGACAGAGACCGAUACUACAGGAACUACUACGGAUACCAAGGAUAUCGGUGAAAUCCCAGCCGUCUUCACCCUUCAGCCAAGAAGCUGAAUCUGCGGAGGUGUCUGCCACUUCCCAAAACACAACCAAUGGAAACAGGGCUGUUGGGGGGAGAGCGGCGGCGGGGGGAGGGGUGGGAGGAGGAAAAAAACUGUAAAUUUUUUUUUUAAAAGUUUGUUGAAAAGAAUAUUGUCUUAUUCUAUAAAACAUUUCAAACCUAGUUAGAUAUUUGUAAUCAAAAUGUUUGCGCAGAGAGUGCAGCACUUAGCGCUGCCUGGCCUGUACCGUGUGAUUGGGCAGGAAAACCACGUACCCUUUAACAACUUUCUAGAGCAGCUGGACUGGGAGCCGGGCAGGGAGGUGCAGGGGUUUGCAAGACGCGCUCAGUGAUGAGAACUGAACAUGUAAGAACCUGGAGGUACAGAUGAGUGAGAAUAGAGGGGCCAGCAUCCCUUGGGGGCAGAGGGGAGGGUUGGGAGGGUAGGCAAUAUUAAUUAUUGACUGAUCAUUCACUUGCAAAACUAAUUUCCUUCCAGAUUAUCAUUUGCUGAUCUAGCUUUGGGGUGAUGUGUGGGCUCUGCCCACAGUGAUUCUGGAGUCUAGUGCUCUUCAAUGACUGGUGGAGAAGGGAUCGUUUCCACCUUGGAAAAUCUGGCAGAGUUCCACGUUCCUGCUGUUGUCUCGUCUGGCAGUGCUGUGCUGGCUGGAUGUAACGUAUCCCUGGCCAAAGGCUGUGCUUUUUAGCCGAGCAGUUUGCUUCACCCCGCUGGCUAUUAAAUUUCCCUGAAAGCUUGUAAGUGGAAUCAUGAGCUGUUUUUUGGCAGAAGGAAGCACAGGAAUUUGGUAUGCCAGUCCCUAAAUUCUCGGUCUUCCCUGGCCAAAGCAGACUGUCUUGGGAGGUUCUCUCCCUCCUCCCCCCACCUUCCCCCCCCCCCCAGGCUAGCAGGCUUGGCCAGGUGCUGAAUCAUCUCUGUAUAGUGUCUGUCCUCUUUAGUGGAAGAGAAGGAACAUUUCUCAGGGUUUCUGCUGGAUCUUUUCUUCAUUAGAGCGUAAUGUGUGUGUAUAUAGGCAACCCAUGCAGUGUGUAACCUUCACCUGUGAGGAGAUAGUGCUGAGAAUAGCAACAAUUUUAUACCGUAAGAAGAGGGCACAGUUGGUAAAGUGCUCCUGUGGUUUUGAUAAACUGGUAGAGCGUGUAUAUAGGAAACUAGGGAAGGCGAUUGAGUGCAGUAGUGAACCAGCCUGAAGUGGGUGAGUGUGUGUGUGGGUGUGUGUGUGUCCUGCCCUCCCCAUGGCCUGAAAACAAUAGGGUUUUGACUUUGAUACACUCUUUAGCUGUGAAGUCUAGUCCCACAAGAGGGGAGGGGGAUUCCUGAGGACACUGUGUGAAGGAGGAUCCCUUCAGUGCUUAGGGCAUGCUUCAGUAUAAAAUUUGGGUUGUCCUCAGUCUUCAGAAUUUCUGUAAGAUUGGGUGGGAGGAGGGCAUAAUUUCAGAAAUUACUCCUUUCCCAGGCAAAUAGUUAUGUUUUGGGGGGAGGAAGGGGGCAGCUACUUCUGUAGGGUGUAGGGAGUGCAUUCAUGGCAGAAGUGGAUGUGGCUGGCUUGUAUCUUGGGGGGAAGGGGAGGAUUUAUUUUCCCAUUAUGAAAUUUUAGCAUUGAUCUUUAAUUUUGUUUCAUUCUCAUCAGUUUGUCUCCUGCCCUGCGAUUCUUCCCCCAUCCUUCUUUCCCAGUGAGGACAGGAUACCCUCUUAGGAAGUGAAUUGUAAAUACUCUUGGUUCUGGUCCUAUAGCCUUGGAUUUGGCUAGGGAGCUAAUUAUGUCCAGUCCCCCUGUUCCUUUCCCUUCCCCACCUGAAGAUAUCUUCUGCUCUCUGUGAUUUGCUGUUUGAAAUACAAACAUUUUAAUUUGUUUUAAAAAAUUGAAUUUUUUUAUUCUCUGCCUACCAUUGCAAGCUGCCCUGUCUCCAAUGCCCAUUGUCACAUCCCAGCCCAGACUAAACCCCUCCAUCCAGACCAGGACAUGGUGAGACAUGGCUCUGCCAGCACCAGAGAGCACAGGUAACAGGUCGCUGGGAUCUCCCAGCCCUGUGCCACUUCCCAAUGCAAGAACUAGUGAGAAGCAGAGUUCUACUGUCUCCAACUGCGGUGCCGCAUGUGUGUAUCUGAACGUGUGACUGUGUGACGACCGUUUUUAUAACAAAGCAACUGGUAUUUUAAAUGAUGCUUCAGGCCACUAGAAAAUUCUCUUGGGACAGGGGUAAAGGGGAGAAAGCAGGAGCCUGCAGUAGCUGUGUGCUGGCAAGGGUGUUCGAUGCUUUGGUAUUUUUAAAAAGUUCCUUCUUGGGGUGUGCUUUCCAAUUGGUGGGGCACAGGCAGCCUCCAGUGUGCAGAUCCUCCACAGCUUCAUUGAGGUUGGGGGACAUGGAGUAACUGGCACUGGAGCCAGGAAAGCUUAAAUCACUUCAGGAGGCGCUGUCAUCGUUAACAGAAUAACUUUUGAAGCUAUAGUCCUUUUUAAAUAAAACCUGUUUUUCUGGGGAUGACUAGAACUGCCACAUCCUUGUCCGUAAGACCAAGAGAUCUUAGUGACUUCAGUAGAUGUCUUUUUCUGCACAUUUUUGUUAAAAAAAAGAGAAAAAAAAGAAAAAUUAAAUGGUAAACAAGGAAAUGCAGCCUGUUUUAGAUCUGUUAGUGUUUCAUGAUUGUACGUCUUAGUUGCUGUAGAUGGAAAGCUUGAGAGAACAUGAAGGCUGUAAAUGUUUUUACAAACUGUAAAACGUUUUGAAGUGGCCAGUAAAAGGGUUUUACCAUUGAACAUGUAACUGUGUGGUUGUUUACAUCUGUAACUUUCCUUCAGAUUCUGGCAAAUGUAGGCAAUAGCUUCCAUUUUUAGAAUAAAUAACCAUUGGCUUGACUUAACAUCCUUAUGUUGCUGCACUGACUUCGUAGGUGUCUCUAUACUUUGGCUCUUCCCCUCUCCAAUAAAAAGAAAACUCAAAAGA